CUUGUCGGGAACCAACUGGCAACUACGGGCGAGAACUUUGAUCGCCAAACAUGUGAGAUCAGUGGAUGGGGACAUACAGUCACCGGCACUCAGCCGAACAAACAGAUUCCUGAUCAGCUACAGGAGACAGACGGUGUCAUCAUGACGAACAGCGAGUGCACGUCAUCCUGGGGCACCAAUUACGCUGCAAGUGUUCACAUCUGCAUCGAUAACAGGAACACUGGAACAUGUCAGGGUGACAGUGGUGGCCCGACAGUGUGCUUCCGUGGCUCAACCCCCGUGCUGGCUGGUGUGACCUCCUGGGGCGUGUCUGGGUGUGGCACCACGUACCCCAGCGUGUACGCCAGAGUGUCCACGUACAGGUCGUGGCUCGACACGACCAUGGGCAUUUAAAUCGGCCGGCGAAUGGCUUUGUUUGAAACUUUGCAAAGCUAUCAAUAAAACAAAUGCAUCCAUAUAA